UUGUUUACAAAGGUAUUUCAAAAAUACGACCGUUUUAUCAAAUAUCAUAUUUCUUCAGUUUCGUUUAAAAUGGGCUGGUGUUGAGGUGAAUGACUAUGAAUGUCUUUUCAUUUGUGGUAUUGAGCUUUGUUUUAUGUGGUGGGAGUUAUGCACAGUCUGAGCAGAGUUGCAACACUGCAUUGACACCUUUGCUACGUGACGAUCAGUUCUCAGCGUCAUCUGAAUACAACACAAAACAUAACGCAAGUGCAGCUAGGAAGGAUGGUGAGGGAUGGAGCGCAUCACACGGCGGGAUCUAUGAAUAUCUCAAAGUGGAUCUAGAGUCGAUCAGGGAAAUAUCAUCACUUGAUGUACAAGGUUCGAGCAUAGGCUGGUAUCCUAGAUCGUUUAGGGUAAGCUACAGCAAUGAUGGAUAUGUUUGGACCGGCUACAACACGCGCCUGUCUAAUGACGUCAUGGGAGAGAUCUUCUUUCGGAAGGAUUCGGUCACAACAAUACAAUUUGAUCCAAUUAUAAAGGCACGGUACAUUGUAAUAAAUCCGGUGACAAAUUACGGCUAUGCUGCCUUACGUAUAGAACUAUACGGUUGUCAAAGUAUGGAUCCACUGCCAAAUGUAUUCACAAACAUUCAAAGUGGGAUAGAGGUCAAUACUACAUGGAUUCCAAAUCAGAGCCCGAUCCUUAUUUCUGGUAGCAUUGCAGUGAGAUCUUCUGCCGUCCUCAACAUACAAGCAGGUGUCAAGGUCAUAUUCAUAUCUGAAACGGCUGCUAUUGACGUUUAUGGUACAUUAUCUGUUGAAGGUAUUCAAGGUUUACCUACUUUGUUUAGUUCCAAUCAUCCGUUGUUGAGUAAUAAGGCAAAAUGGAUGGGCAUCAGACAAGGCGCUGGAGGUCACAUACAAAUGAAACAUGCACUGAUUAGACAAGCAGUAACUGGUCUUCAAGGAAACGGUAGCAGCGUGAAAAUAGCUAACAGUGAAAUUCACUCAUGUACAGUUGGUAUACGGCUUGCUGGUGGUAUAGCAGAAAAUGUUUCCGAUAGUGACACUAUACAAGAACAUGACCUGUCCUUAUUGAAUGUCAAUGUUCACCACAAUAAAGAUGGCGUUCUUGCUCAUGGAGAUAUUUCUAAACCUGUCCUAAUCUUUUUAUAUUGCAAUUUUGAUUACAAUGACGACAAUGGAAUUCUUGUUAGCAAUUGGGACAUCUCCGAUCAAUCACUUAUUUGGACAAAUUUGUAUAUCAUUAACUGCAGUAUCAGCAACAACUUCGAUUAUGGCAUUCAAAGCACUCAGAGGAUUGUUAGCAACAUUUACAUUAAGAAUUCGACACUUAGUAAUAACCAAUAUUCCGGUGUUUAUAUUAGUAGAUACAAUUCUAGGAUUGCCAAAGAAACAUUGAUUGUAACAGAUUCGUAUUUUGUGAAAAAUAGGAAUGAUGGUAUUCAUGUUACCUGUUAUCAAUGCAAACCUAGCGCACUUAGUUUUCAUAACAAUGUUUUCAGUGAGAAUGUAGACAAUGCUAUAGAACUUAAUCUUAGGGUGCAGUCGACAGGCGGUAUCAGUGGCUUAUCAAUAAGUAACAAUAGGUUUGAACGCAAUGGUAAUAGAGAUAUAGUUGCCUAUCUAGGAAAUUAUGUCAUUGCUUACAUCCUUAACAACUACUUUGCUAAGUCGCGUACUUCCAUGAAGGUGACUGGAAACAUUUUGACUGAUACAGAGGUUUGUUAUAUGUUUGGGAACGUGUUCAAUGAGCAUUCGUCCACUUAUGAUGAGUCUGUCUUAGAGGUUGAAGGCGUAACGGCAACAAUAUCAAACACAACUUUUGCAAAUAGCUCAAUACGUACCUUGGUACGGUUUAAAGAUGGUUUCGGUCAUACGUUUGAAUUUAACCGCUUUGUAAACACGUCUCUAACAGAGUGCUUUGUUAGUGUUGAUCAGAAAUAUGAUCCAAACUAUACCUUUGUAAUGGACAAUAACUAUUGGGGAACAGGUGAAAUUAUUAAAAUCAAAACGAAAGUAUGCGACUUUUUUCACGAUUCAGAUAAAGCCGUUGCAAAAAUUACUAACAUUUUUUCAACUGAAGCAUAUGAUAUGAAGGUUUCAACUGAAGACAUUGAUGACUUUAGGUUUACACGAGAUGAUGAUUUAAAUGCAACAAUUAUUGGAGGAAUUGUUCAAGCACAGUUAGACUUGUCAACGCUUGGUGAUGGCAGAUUCAUUGUUAAUAGAAGCCUUCUGAUAACAGAUUCUGCAGCCGUGUCUUUCAAAAAUGUAACAGUCUAUUUUGAAAGCCACCGGGGGAUAGCUCAAUAUGGUAAUUUGACAAUAGGGGACAAGGAAAAUAACUCAGGUUCUGCAAUUGUCAUCGCAUUUUCUACAAAAGCAUGGAAUGGAAUUAAAUUGUUUGCAAAAGAGUUACAUAUUUACAAUACGGAACUGUCUGGAACGCAACGGCUUGUAGAUGUUCGAGGAAACCAUUCGUACAUUGUCUUUAAAAAUUGCAACAUCAGUGAUGAUAGCGUGUUGCAAAACCUUAUUUACGCUGACAUGGCCAAUGGAAAUCUUUCUGUAUCUUUACAUAAGACAGCAGUAAAAUCCAGGUCUUCAAUGAUUUAUAUAAGAGCAAACGACACAAGGACAACUUUAAUUGAAAUGAUUGACAGUAAUUUUACCAGUAAAUCACACGUGAUACAAUUAUCAGAAGUCACAACUCGUGAAGAUAUGCGUUUGUUUACUGUCAAUAUCAUGAAUUGUUAUAUGUUUGUAAGUGGAAACAAUGUAUUUUACUUAUCAAGCCGCUCAAGUCACUUUAAUGGAACGAUUACAGGAUCGGAAUUAGCUCCCUAUUAUUACUUAAACACUGCAUACUUUGAAUUUCCAUCCAUGAACAUUGAAAUAGCUGGAAACACAUUUGGAGAUGCCAACAUGAUUUUACGAUUUCAAUUUUGUCGUCAGCUUAAGGAACUGUCAAACCCAUAUCCAAAGGUUAUUAAUAUUUCAAGCAACAUUUUCAAUAGCUCUAGAAGUGGUACAGAUUUACAGAUCAGCAAGAAUUAUUAUACGAAUGAAAAAACACACAAUAUUUAUGUCACGAAAAACGUUUUCGGAUAUAGCAAUUUUGUACAGAGAAAAAGAAUGUAUAUUUAUGGAUCCUAUUACUCAUCUAGCAACAGGCAUUCGUUUGUUGUUGAUUCAAAUAUGUUUGCAAAUUCAACAGAUGUCGCUAUAAACGUUAAUAAUAUGCACGAUAGUUUGAUUAUAAGUAACAACACGUUUGUAAACAACUCACAGUGUGUAUAUGUGAAAAUUGAUAAGGCGUUGAAUGUAGUUAAUAUCAUAAAGAACACUUUUCUUAAUAAUACAUAUGAGCAAGGAGUCAUUUAUCUGGACCUGUCCUUAAACAAUUACACCAACAUUAUUGAUAACACCUUUAUCAACAAUUCAAAUGUCGCUAUUGCAAUCACCUCUCCAAAUACAACAGUAAAAUACAAUUUCUUUGAAAAUAUGAAAGAUGUUUACAACGUGAAAGUUCUAGAAGAUGAUUACCCCGACAUGAUUGUGAAUGCUUCGUUAAAUUAUUGGGGUACACAUGAUGUCAAGGAAAUAGCCAAAAUGAUUUACGAUAAAGAUUACGUAGAAACUUUAUUUGAUGUGGAAUUUAGACCUUACCUGGGUUCAAAAAACAAGACGGAUGUUCAAAACGAAAAUAUCACAUUUGUUUCCUUAAACGGGGAAAUAGGAGGGAGCGUCAGUGGAGAAGUCACCUUAAAACUUGACAAAAGCCCCUAUGUUGUUGUCUCUAACGUGGAUGUUGAAAGAACAGAUGUUCUCAACAUUGAUCCAGGCGUUGUGUUAAUUAUGAAAGCGGGUGUUGGAUUAAAAGUUCAUGGUGAAAUAAAUAUUCGUGGGACAAAAGAAAAUUCUGUACUGAUGAAAUCAGAAAUUGCAGGCAAACCUUGGCGAGGGGUUGACAUACGGAACACCACUAGAAAUUCGACACUAUUUUACCUCUAUGUAAAUGACACAGAAGAUGGGAUACGUAUACAAAGCUCCAACGUUAUCAUACAUAAUGUUACCUCAACAUUUUCUCGUCAGUCAGGUGUCUUAAUUGACGUAAACAUGAUGCACAAGCAAAAGUAUUUCAAAAUAAGCGAGGUUGCUGUUGAAAACAACGGUAUUGACGGCAUUAGCAUAGCUGGGUUUGCGGCAAACGUAACAGAACUUACAAUUGAAAAAUGUGCCAGUGCAAACAAUUCACGAUACGGGAUCAAUAUUGAAACAAACACCACCGUGAAUUUUAUAAAAUGCAUCAUUGAGAACAAUAUUAAGAGUGGUGUACGUCUUCAGCAAAGCGGUGAUGGAUUUGUGCUCAUCAAUGACUCGGUCGUUAUGGGAAAUAAAGAAAAUGCAAUAACCGGUAUAAUUUCAGGUGGGAUAAGUAUCAACUCAAGUAAUAUUACCCGACAUAACAACGGUAAAUUAAACUGGUGGGGAUACUGGACAACUAAAAGCUAUAUCGAUUUGACUGACACCUCAAAUACUGUUCAAAACGUGUAUAUUAAAUUCAGUAACACCAACUUUAUAGAUAACGUGGCUGAUGGUGUAUAUAUUUCAAGAAACAGAUAUGGACGCAGUGAUAUGAAUAUUGACAUAGAAAACUGUACAUUUUCGGGUGGAAACCGUACCAUAGUUUUUAGCGAUAACGCUGUUUAUUGGGGUUAUACGACACAUAUGAAUAUAUCUUUUGUUAACAAUGUGAUUGAGGACACCAUGCUUUCCCAAAACCACCCUGUUGAUAGAAAUCUUAUAAAAAUCUUAUUACACUACUAUCAAAUUAAUUUCAAUGGUAAUAUCUUUAGAAAUAAUUAUGCAAACACAGGGUUAGAAUUGUCUGCAUCAAGAACGAUGGCCAAUGGCGAUGUUGAUAUUGUUGAAAAUAGUUUUAUCAACAAUAAUUUUUCAAUAUCAACAAUAAAUGUACAGAGUCAAUUGAACGUACAUCUGUACAGAAAUAUAUUUGUACCAUUGGACGGAUAUGACUGCAUUCUUGAAGUGCCACCCCUCAACAUAUCCUACUUUAUCAAUGCAACGUUUAACUACUGGGGAAGCGAUUCAGCCAUACAAGUAGUCAAAAGUGUAUGUGGUUUUGAAAAAGAUAUGGAUAGAAGCUUUGUACGCUAUAUUCCGUUCUUUGUAGAUGUAGACCGUGCUAAAACAAUAUCUGCAGGGCAGAAUGACUUGAAUAUGUCCGGAACAUUUGGUGGAGAAAUAACCGGUGAUGUCACUAUUUCCAAGAAAGAUUCCCCCACCUCUAUUCGAGUUGAUCGUUCAAUACUAAUCAGGAAAGGGGCAUCGCUUUAUAUUGAAUCAGGACUUGUUCUUCAGUUUGAAAAGAACAGAGGGAUUUAUGUACAAGGAUCUUUAAAGCUUCUCGCCGGGGAUUCACCUAUCAUUUUAGAAAAUGUACGAAAUUCAGCUUCCUGGCAUGGUCUUGUUAUAGAUUCUGAUGAAUUCCAAAGCAAAACAAUCCUCUACAACACACGACUUCUAAAUACAACCCAUGGAGUUAUGCUACGUUCACCAAAUGUAGAAAUGAAGAAAAGUCAAAUCCUUAAUUGUUCUUCACACUGUUUAACCAUCAAUCAAUUUAUGCAGUUGAGUACAUACGACUUUGAAAUGUCAACCCUGGACAACUGUUCAAAAAAUGGUAUUAAUAUAAUCGGGAAUGGAAACAUAUCGCUGAAAAAUAUUGGUAUUCAUAAGGUACGAGUUGGUAUAGGAGUAGAUGCAGGACAUGGUUCAGUGGAAGUUAACGGAGCUAAUAUUUCAGAAUCGAUUGAAGAAGCUCUUACAAUUUCAUUUUCAGAUAGAUAUAUGUCAAAAAACGUGUCUCUGAGUAAUUGUUUGUUUACCAGUUGUGCUAAAGGGGUAAAAGUACUAACAUAUGAUUAUAGAACUGACUUAAUUAAUAUCGACAUUUCGCGGAACAAAUUCAGUAACAUUGAAGCAAAGUCACUUUUUAUUUCACCCUAUGAUCAUUAUUAUUAUUCGAAUAAUGAUGCAAAUAAAACAAUUAAUAUCAAUUUAAAUUCAUUUACAAACUCAUGCGGAGUUUCACUCGAGACAUGGAAUAAUUUUAACACGACUAUGAAGGAUAAUGUUUUCCAUGAUUCUCUAUGUUCAAAUGACGAGUCAUGUUUUUUGCACGUUUUAACACAAGGGAAUAACAUUAAUAAACGUACAAGGCAAUUUAAAAUUUCCGGAAAUUUGUUUCAAAAUAUCACAUGUAAAUGCUUAGUUACGCUUAAUGAUGGGAAUCAGGCCGAUGCAACAGGGGAAUUUGUUUAUAAUCAACUACUGGAUAUAACUGCCAAAGAAACAGUUGUUGUCAGUAAUGCAUUGAACAUUAAUAUGUCUUGGAAUAUUUUUGACAAUCCAUAUUCAACAUUUGAUUUAUAUGCACACAAGCGAGGAGAAGAAUCCGUUAAUGCAACAAACAAUUGGUGGGGAAGUUCUGAUGCUAAUCAGGUAUAUAACAGAAUAUAUGACAGACGACGUGAUACAUUUCUAGUAUUGUUUUCCGUUAUACCAGUAAUGACAGAGCGUGUCAUAGAUUGUACUAAAGUUUCCAACUGCAGCAAUCACGGGGAAUGUGUUAGUCCGAAUCGAUGCCGAUGUAACUCAGGUUGGUCCGGAGAAACCUGCAUGGACUAUGACUGUGGAGGGGUUAAUUACUGUUAUGGAAACGGCGAAUGCACUGCACCGAACACGUGCAAAUGCAAUGAGGGUUGGAGUGGUGCACUCUGUAUAGUAGCGUCAUGUGGUCGUGUAAAUAACUGUAGCGAAAAUGGCAUAUGUUUCCGACCAAACGUUUGCACAUGCGCAUCACAAUUUACAGGAAAUGAUUGUAGUUCGUGCGUGCCAAAACACUGGGGACGACAAUGUGAACCAUGUCCGGAUUGCCAACACGGAAUAUGUAACCUUACUAAUGGUAUUUGUGAAUGUGAAAAUGAAAACUGGUCUGGAUACUUAUGUGAUAAAUGUAGUGAAGCUUUUUAUGGUCCGCAAUGCUUGCCUCUAAUCAAAGUACUUGAUAUUGUACCAAAUCUGGGUUUAGAUAAAGGUGGUUAUCUUGUACAUGUUUGGGGCCACAACUUUCCCAAAUCCUCUCGAGGAUUUUAUACCUGUAAAUUUGGAACAACAGAGACUAACGGAACAUGGCUGGCAUGGAAUCAUGUUGAAUGUCAAGCACCAAAAAUGCCAGAGGGAGUUGUUUCUCUUGAAAUUUCUACUGAUGGAAUUGAAUUCACUAAUGACAAGCUGAUGUUUUAUUUUUAUGCAUCAUGUCCUCCUGGAUCUUGCGGGCGCGGAAACAAUCCACCACAUGGUCAAUGUUUAUAUGGAGGUUGUUCCUGUUUUCUUCCCUGGACAGGAGAUAAUUGUGAUAAAGAGCUUCUUGUUCCUGCAGUACAGAAACCAAAACUGAACCAAACACUUGCUGAAGGAGAUACUUAUUCUUUACAACUAAAUCUUACACAGGGGAGUCCACCAAUUUUAUGGUCUCUUAUAAGAGGUCCAUCGGGUAUGGUUUUAGAUGAAAAUUUGGGAUUAAUAACAUGGAAGCAUGCGAGUGCAAAAUCUAGCGUAUAUACGGUAGAAGCGAAGGCAGCAAACCUGGUAGGAAAAGAUAGUGUCACAUGGAAUAUUAGCGUUCCACUUUCAUAUACAGUUUUUAUUGAUAAACUUGAUCAACUUGAGGGUAGUCUUCCAGUUCCUAAACCAGUUACCAUAUAUGGAACAGUAGCUUUCGUGAACGAAGAUGUGGCACGUGUUGUUCCAAUUGAUGUUUCCGUAGUCAGUGAAAGAACAGGUCGUGAAACGUAUAUUCAAGAAUUGUCAAAUCCAUUGGCUCCAACUACUUUCAAAACGACAUACUAUCCAAGGCCGGGCGAUGCUGGUGUAUUUACUGUUGGAGCACGCCAUCCCGGAUUGAGGUCAUAUGUACAGUCAAAUGUCACAUGGUCGGUUCGAGGCAUGGUCUGUGCGCCGCUAACAGUUUAUGUAAACGAAAAAAUCAUUUCUGAUGACAGGAUAGUGACAGUUUAUAAUAUUUCAUCGCUAUAUAACAUUGGCAAAUGUGUCAUUAAAGGAAUUUCUGCCAAGAUCGACGGUUUACCUGAAGCAUAUGCAAGGAUAUCUGGGCACACUGGAAGUUCAGAAUUUAAACUUUCAUCCCUCGGAGAAAAUGAGAAAAUUGACUUUGACUUAGUUAUCAGAAAUGCUAAACCUUUGUCGGGAAAAAUAUACAUUAUAUUUGGUACAGAAGAAGGAACAACAACUCGGUUAAGCAUUUAUAUAAAACUUUCUAUACGGAAGCCAUUACUUAUAUUUGAUCCGCCAUUUCUCCGCGAAAAUAUUGUACGCGGGAGUAUUCGUAUUUUUGACAUAAGAUUAAACAAUACUGGUGAAGUUGCUGCUAAAGAUGUUGUAAUAAGUUUGCCAAAUGAUCCGAGGUUAUCGCUAGUGUCGUUCACUUCAUCUGUAAAUGAUACCACCUUCACUUCCAACGCCACAGUGUCACCUUCAGGGGCCGCUCUAAUUUCUAUUGCGGUAACAACAGUGAAAACGGAAGCGCUAGGUGAAAUGAGUGGGACAAUUUACAUAAAUUCGGCAUUAAGUUCAACUCCGUUUUCGUACAAAUUUUUUAUAACAUCUCUCCAAACAUACAAUGUUACAUUCACUGUGAAAGAUGAAUAUACAUAUUUUGCUGCUGACGCACCAUUGGUUAGUAAUGCCAUGGUAAGGCUUGUGAAUCCAAGACGUGACUACUCUGAAACAAGAUAUACAACCAAUAGCACAGGUUACGUAACAUUUGAGAAUGUUUACGAGGACCAGUACUCUUUAUAUGCUGAAGCUGAAGGUCAUUCAACAUACGCCGGAGUUGUCUUGGUGGGCUCUGAUACUACUGAACAGGACAUAUUUUUACAGCGAGUGGCUGUUAAAUAUACAUGGAGUGUUGAGCCUACAACAGUCAAAGACGUUUACGUCAUACAGCUUGAAUCUACGUUUGAAACUCAAGUCCCAAUGCCUGUCGUUACAAUAGAGCCUGCUAAAGUCAACACCAUACCUUACGAAUUAGAGGAAGAAGACACGAUAGACUUUAAUAUUACCAACCACGGACUGAUCAGAGCAGAUAAUGUCCGAUUUAGUCUACCGACCGGUCAUCCUUACCUAAAAUUUGAAAUGACUGUAGAUUUCAUCGGAAGUGUAGAAGCAAAUACAUCGAUCAUUGUUCAAGUCAAAGCAACACUGAAAAGCAGAGUAAAACGUAAUGUAAUCGCUCUUGCUAUAUGUGGCCUCGCUUUACUGUAUGACUAUGACUGUGGUGGCACACAGACGCGUAACCUUGACGUGACAUUAACACGAGAGUAUCCAGGAAGACCACCACUGCCUUGUGGUUUAGGCGGCGGCGGUGGUGGUGGAGGCGGCGGCGGUGGUGGCGGUGGAGGAGUUUAUUAUGGAGGAAGUGGCACCGGAACUGGACGUGGAUCUUCUAUAACAUAUAACCCUACUACACCAUUGUCAUGUGACUGUGCAAAAACGUUAAUCAAAAGCUGUGCAUUAGCAUUUCAUCCUGUAACGGGCUGUGCAUAUGCUGUGACUGACUUAGGGACAGCUUAUAGCAGAAGUGAUGGCGAUCUUAUUCUUGGGACGCUGAAUUUUAUCUUAGGGAUAGCAGAUACGGCGUUUGCUUGUGUUUUUGGCUUAAAGUACACGUUUUGGGGGCUAAUGUAUACAUCUGCAAGAUGCUUCGUAGAUGCAUACUUCAAUUGUAAAGAUGAUAGAAAACGACGAGAAAUUAGCUCCGAUGUUGUGGAUAAUAUGAUUUCCUCAGCUCAACCAAUUGACAACUUCUUGAUAAUGCUGACUGAAAUUCUGGGAGAUAGAGACAUGUACAACUUCGAGAGCACAACCUGGUAUCAAACAUUCAAGAAAUCUGUUGGUGAAGACAGUGAAAUUGGGGCAUUAUUGUCAAUCGAUGAGGCAACGCAUGUGCUGAACACUCUAGCAGAUGAGGCAGCCAAGAAAAACAUAAGCUUAUUUCUUGAACGUUGGAAUAAUACGGCGGCAGCAUGGGAGAAUGGUACAUUGAAGGAGCUUAGUGAUACAAGUCGCGUUAUAAGCCUUACCCGAUUAACACCUAGAAUCGAACAAUAUCUUGACGAUAUUGAGAGUGCAAGUGCUAAAGGCUUUGACACCAUUUUCGAUGAAUUUAGCCACGCAACAAACACAUACAAAGCAGCAAAACAGAAUGAGAUAUCGUCUGGCGGAGGCUCACAGAAAGAUGACGGUGUUUGCGCACGUGUCAGGGUACGAAUAGUACAGGAACUUGUCCUUACCAGAGACGCGUUCAAUGCCAAAUUAGAGAUUGAAAAUGGCGAAAAUUCCGACUUAGAAUCUAUAAAUGUUGAAAUUCAAAUCAAGGAGACUUUCGGAUCAGGGGAACUUUUAAAUGACAAGUUCUCAAUAGGUAAACCAACAUUGAUUGGUAUAAGUGGAGUAGAUGGUACAGGCACAUUGGGAAAAGAUAUGUCUGGCUCCGCAGAAUGGUUGAUCAUUCCAUACAGUAAUGCAGCCCCCGAAGACGAUACUCAGUAUGAUAUAGGUGGACGGUUAUCUUACAGUGUAGGAGGCUCAGAGUUUUCUGUACCUCUCUUACCUGAUACAAUUAAUGUGAAACCGAAUCCAAGUCUUGUUGUGCAUUACUUUCACGAAAAAUACGUGCAAGGUGACAACCCACUUACGCCAGAAAAAGAACCUAUAUUGCCAUUUAGUCUUGCUGUAAUGGUGAUGAACAAUGGGUAUGGCGUAGCGAGAGCUUUAAAAAUAACAUCAGGACAACCAGAAAUAAUAGAAAACGAAAAAGGUCUUCUUAUAACAUUCAAAAUAAUUGGAGCACAGAUUGGCAACCAUCCGAUCUCCCCAUCACUGGCAGUUAAUUUUGGGGAUAUAUCAUCUUUUGAAACUAAAACAGCAAGAUGGUUAAUGACAUCAACGUUAAUGGGAACAUUUUACAACUACAGCGCCUCGUUUGAAAAUAUUAAUCCUUUAGGCGACCCCCAGCUUUCCUUGUUAGAUGAUCUUGGUUAUCAUGAAUUAGUUCACCUUGUAAGAAUUGGCAUAUCUACAGAAGAUGAUGGAAUUGAUGACUUCCUUGUCAAUGACAAAGUUGAUAACGAGGGUUUGCCUGAUAAGUUAUACAACAGUGCAAAUGGCAGCGAUGUUCUCAAAGUUGAUACAGCAAACGUUACUAAUGUAAAUGUGUCUGUUUUCAAUUCAAGUAAGAACUAUAAGAUCGUCACACUUACUGUAAAAACAAAUUUGUCUGUUUGGUUCUACACCAGACUUGAAAAUACUUUCACCAGUCCUGACCCAGCAAUGAAAGAGUUUUUGCUACAUGCGCAUCUUUAUAGCAACGGAAAAGAAUUGCUUGUUGACAAAAAUGUUUGGCAGACAACACAUAUCGGUAACACUUUCUACCUUCACCUUUUAGAUUAUGUUGAAGAUAUUUCUUCAGACAAAACUCCUACAGACGAUUCUGAAGUUGAGAUAGAUUAUGUGUUAAUUUAUGGACCUCGCAAUAUGUAUCCGCCACGGUUUAACUCGACAACGUAUAAUGUGAAGGUAUCAAAGUCACAAGCAGUUGGUUCUGAAAUUAUUACAAUUCAUGCAUAUGAUAUUGAUAAAGACGAAAUUGAACUCAGUUUCAGAAGAAAUAAUAUAGAAUAUUUCAGCAUCAUCCAGAAAUCGAAAACAUCUGCAGUUAUAGCUGUUAAAUAUAGUCCAUUGGAGCUUGGGAAGACGGUAUUAGAAGUAAUUGCAAAGGACAGCGGAAUCCCACCAAAACAUGCCUAUGUGAAUGUCACUAUAACUGUUACAGACUCGAACACCACGGACACAACGUCAGCUACACCUGUCCCUGAAGCCACAAAAGGACGAUCAAGCUUUUCUACCACAGAGUCAACGAUUGAGUCAAGAUCAAGUACCAUUUACUCUACUACCUUUUCAAGCCGAUCUUCGUCGUAUAUUCCCGUGUCUAACACAACCUUGUCAACUGUGUCGAAUCCCGUGACAGCUACAACCUUGACAGCUACGUCAAGUUCCGUAACAAAUACUUCCUUUUCAACUGCGUCAAAUCUAAUGACAAAUACAACAUUGUCUUCUGUGUCAAAUCCUGUGACAAAAACCUCCUUCUCAACUGCGUCAAAUAUAUCCACUACAAACUCUCAAUUUCCUAAAAACACAUCAACUACAGAAAUACCCAGUACAUCUACGGAAGAAAAUAAUCAAGGGACAACCGUAUCGUCCUCUUCUAAAGUUCACGCUGAAGUAUAUUUAGUGUUUCUGGUGUUUCUUUCAUGUUUAUCUUUAUAAAACGGAUCAGCAUACUGACCUGCUAUAUGCCGCGAAAAAUUCAAAUUUACGCACGCAACAUUUUUUCCGGCAUGCAUAGAGCACUAGCCUUUUUCAAAAGAAAUGAAAACAUUAUAUUGAUGUAUUUUACACUGUUUGCCUUUGAUCAAUUUAUAUAAUCAGAGUAUAUUAUAAGUCCAUCUAUGUAUCAUUUAUUAUAUUCACAUCGUUUCAGAAGUUGAGAUAGAUUAUGUGUUUAUUUAUGGACCUCGUAAUAUGUAUCCGCCACGGUUUAACUCGACAACGUAUAAUGUGAAGGUAUCAAAGUCACAAGCAGUUGGUUCUGUCAUGCAUAUGAUAUUGAUAAAGACGAAAUUGAAUUCAGUUUCAGAAACAAUAAUAUAGAAUAUUUCAGCACCAUCAAGAAAUCGAAAACAUCUGCAGUUAUAGCUGUUAAAUAUAGUCCAUUUGAGCUUGGGAAGACGGUAUUAGAAUUAAUUGCAAAGGACAGCGGAAUCCCACCAAAACAUGCCUAUGUGAAUGUCACUAUAACUGUUACAGACUCGAACACCACGGACACAACGUCAGCUACACCUGUCACUGAAGCAACAAAAGGACGAUCAAGCUUUUCUACCACACAGUCAACGAUUGAGUCAAGAUCAAGUACCAUUUACUCUACUACCUUUUCAAGCCGAUCUUCGUCGUAUAUUCCCAUGUCUAACACAACCUUGUCAACUGUGUCGAAUCCCGUGACAGCUACAACCUUGACAGCUACGUCAAAUUCCGUAACAAAUACUUCCUUUUCAACUGCGUCAAAUCCAAUGACAAAUACAACAUUGUCUUCUGUGUCAAAUCUUGUGACAAAAACCUCCUUAUCAACUGCGUCAAAUAUAUCCACUACAAACUCUCAGUUUCCAAAAAACACAUCAACUACAGAAAUACCCAGUACAUCUACGGAAGAAAAUAAUCAAGGGACAACCGUAUCGUCCUCUUCUAAGGUUCACGCUGAAGUAUAUUUAGUGUUACUGGUGUUUCUUUCAUGUUUAUCUUUAUAAAACGGAUCAGAAUACUGACCUGCUACAUGCCGCGAAAAAUUCAAAUUUACGCACGCAACAAUUUUUGGCAUGCAUAGUGCACUUGCCUUUUUCAAAAGAAAUGAAAACAUUAUAUUUAUGUAUUUUACACUUUUUGCCUUUGAUCAAUUUAUAUAAUCAGAGUACAUUAUAAGUCCAUCUAUGUAUCACUUAUUAUAUUCACAUCGUUUCUAGUUUUAUCUCUAUCUUCUUUAUUAUCUUUAUCUAGUUCUGUUAGUUUCAUUCUUAUGCAUAUAUAUGUAUUUUACACUUUUUGCCUUUGAUCAAUUUAUAUAAUCAGAGUAUAUUAAAAGUCCAUCUAUGUAUCAUUUAUUAUAUUCACAUCGUUUCUAGUUUUAUCUCUAUCUUCUUUAUUAUCUUUAUUUUGUUCUGUUAGUUUCAUUCUUAUGCAUAUAUAUCAUCAACAUUCAUGGUAAAUGCUUGUUUAACACUUAUGUGCGGUUGUUUCCGUUAUUAAUCAUCAUAAGGAAUGAUGUUGGCCAAAGUAUCGACCUGUCAAACACCAUUUAAAAGCAAGAUUAUUUUAUGAAAGUUUUAAAUUCUAGUUUUCUUUAUGAAUUAAUUUUGUCAUUAUUGUCCAGGACCCAGUUGUUCACUUAACCAGAACCAAUUUGAAAAAACUAUUUUAUGAACUGUGAAUAUUCCUUAUUGUUAUCUUUGUAAAAUUAUAAUUUGUGUUUCUAUAGUUACAGCUACUACGUCAGGAGCACAAAUACAAAUAAUUAUGUUACUUUAACUUUCUUAUUCCAUAUUUCUAAACAUUUUAUGAAACAUAAUUAUUAUUAUAUUAAAUAAAUUGAUGUGUACAUUAGCCGA